AUGGGAUCAAAAAAGAAGAAUAACCUUCCACUUAAGUUCAAGUUUCCAAGAGUGGAUACUCUCUUGGCUCUCAGUAGCAAAAUUACUCCUUGUAAGAAGAGAAACUUCAUUUGCAGAUAUGGACAGAUCCUGGAUCUUCUUACUACCUAUGUAAACGUAUCAGCCUUGGUUGCCUUAUCUCAGUAUUAUGAUCCAUCACUUAUAUGCUUUACAUUCAAAGGCUUUCAGUUGGCUCUGACCAUUGAAGAGUAUGAGAAGCUUCUAGGUUUGUUUGUGAAAGACCACCCUCCCUUUGCAAUGUUAGGUGAACUAUUGAUGUCUGAAUCAGUCUUUGAAGCACUCCACUUAUCUGUUGAAGAGGUAGCCCUUGGUUUGGGACCUAAGGGGUUUUCUAGGAAACUCUUGGAAGAAAAGGCAUGGGCCUUGGAGAAAGAAGGGAAAUUGGUACCCCUAAGUGCUACUCUAGCCCUUCUGAUUUAUGGAGUCGUCCUGUUUCUAAAUGACGACAACUACAUAAACCCUUCCAUCAUCAGUGUGUUUGUAUCUGGGAAUCCUGUCCCUGCCUUAGUGUAUGAUGUGUAUUACUGCUUACACACUAGGCGUGAAAAGAGGAAGGGCGUGGUACUGAGUUAUGCUUCAUUGUUGUACACUUGGCUCUUAUCUCACACACCUCAAAAUGGGCCUUGGGUAAACUUCUUAAAAGACUUGAGGUGGUCUCAGAAGUUUUCUUCCCUUACUGCUGAAGUUGUGGUUUGGUAUCAUCCUACUUCUAACAUAGAACAAGUUAUCGUGAGUUGUGGAGACUUCCUGAAUGUGCCAUUCAUGGGUCCACGAGGUUGCAUUAAUUACAACCCCUCGUUGGCCAUGAGACAGUUGGGAUAUUUGAUGGAGAAUGAAACUAGGGAUGAAUUUCUGAAGGACUUCACCUUACCCAGUUUAGGAGCAGAGAACCAAACUCUGUUGCAAAAGGUUAAACAAGCUUGGACUCAGAUUCAUCGAAAAGACAAAGAGCUAGGAAAACGUGAUUGUCGAGCUAAAAAGCCAUAUUGCUAG